AUGAUGACCGACUCUGAGGUCCAGGGAUUUGUGGCUUUAGACUACGUAGUCUUUGUCUCGAUCCUACUGAUAUCCAUAGGAAUCGGCGUUUACCAGGCAUGUUGCAAACCGAAACAAGACACCAUCAAGCAAUAUAUACUGGCGGACAGGAAGUUGAACAUCCUACCAGUGGCCUUGUCGAUGACAGUCUCCUUUCAGUCAUCUAUCAUGCUGCUCGGCAACCCAGCAGAGAUGUAUGUGUAUGGUGUUCCCUUCAUGUGGCAGGCCAUUGGACUGGUACUCUCCAAUCUGUUCGCCAUGUGUUCCAUUAUUCCACUUAUUCACCCCCUUAAAAUUACCAGUGUCUAUGAGGGAGGUAUUAAGGCGGUGGUGUGGAGUAACGUGUUCCAGUUCCUGGUUGUCUUUGUUGGAAUAUUCAGUAUCAUCAUACAGUGUACAAUAGAGGUCGGCAGUGUUCAGUCAGUCUUUGAUAUGGCUUACGACGGGAUGCGGCUGCGAUUACCGUUCACCAGUCCUAAUCCUACUGUACGACACUCCUAUUGGACACUAAUCAUAGGAUCAUUUAUCUCUCUCACCUGCCAACUACCUAUGCUCAGUUCCUACUCAGAAGGAUGCACGAAAAUCCUCCCCUACCUGGUGGUGUUAUUGUUCCGCGAAAUGCCUGGAAUGGCAGGGGUAUUCGUGGCAGCGGUUUUAAGCGCUUCACUCAGUGCCAUUACGUCAUUAUUGAGUAGUUUAUCUGCCCAGACAGUGGUGGACAUCGUUCAACCUCUUGCGAAGGACAUCUCAGAGGCCAAAGCUACACUUAUAGCUAAACUAUGCAUACCAGUGUACGGAGUCAUGGGAAUAGGUGUUUCCUUCCUGAUUGCAAAAGUAGAAGGCCCCUUGUCAGAGAUCAUAUACAGCAUGUUGUCUAGUUUCGGUGGAGCAUCUGCCGGGAUGUUCUUCUUUGCGGCCUACUGUCCCUGGGCUAACAGUAAGGGAGUUAUUACCGGAGGAUUGACGGGUAUGGGACUUGUGAUGUGGAUAGCCCUCGGACAGAGUUUUUCCCCGACACGCACCAGAGCACAGACAUUACCCCCAGUCUCCACAGAACUGUGCUGGAGUCAUAACCACAGUCUGUUCCUAGGGAACAUCACAACACUGCCGUCACAAGACCUAACUUCGACCGUCUCUAUAGGAGAUCUAGAGCACAACGAGGGUAUUGACGUUCUGUACUCCAUAUCAUACUUCUGGCUGAUCCCCUUAUGUAUGCUGACGACAAUUGUUGUGGGGUCUUUGGUAUCUGUCCUGACCGGACGACCGGACCCUGCCGAUGUUGACGUCCGCUACAUUCUACCUUUCUUUGAUCACUGUUGUCCUUGUCUUCCUCGGGCAGUACGGAAACGUCUGUAUGGUGGAGUCCGAUUUCAGGAGAGAACAGCUUGGCUGAGGAGUCUUUACUUGAAUCACAAAGAUGAUGAAGGAGCUACCGCUAAUACAAUCGUGACCUCAUUACAGGAAUGUAAUAACAUAGAUACUCGCUCAACAGAGGAACAACUCGAGGACAACAGAAUUCCUAACCACACAAUGGAACAACAACUCUGGACCAAGAAUUCUACUCUACCUACACAGGAACAAAUCGUUGAUCAUUUAUCUACACCAGUACCAGAUGACGCUGGCAAUGUAUAUAACGGGGAUCAACUAAGUGAUGAAAAUACUGACUCUACAAGGGAGCAACUCAAUGGCAAAACCAACUCAACUUACCUCUAAUGAAGUUUUACCAGAUCUCCCAGUUACCAGAGGGACCAAACCGAUAAAGUGUGCUGGGGUCUCCCACUUAACCAAGCGGGACUAACUCGAUAAAAAUAACUUCCCGACUUCGCUCUCUAGACAAGUGAAGUGUGCUGGGUUUCCAUAUGAUCCAAAAUGGAACAUCUCAAAGACUAUAAAGACAGUGCCGACUCAGUUGGACGAAGGUUAUACUGUACUUAAACACAAAAAGUUACUAUCCGUAACUAAAUCUGGUUGCUGCGAGGCCCUCGUUCAGAAAAAAAAAUUCUUUACACAUAAUAUAUGAGUUUGCAGUUUUGGAAGUUAUUUCACUCGCACAAACGCGCAUAAAAAAACGGGGGAAAAAAACAAAAAAAAAAACAGAAACAAUUCACAUUUGUGACUGGAGAGGCUGACAUAUGUUUCAUUUCAAAUUUUAUUGCAAUAAAACAAAUGGAUUGGACAACAGGCAAGCCUAUAUAAGUCCUCUCCAAAGGUACCACAUAUAUACAGAGUAAAGUGAAUAUAUAUAUAUAUAUAAAGGAAUAGUUGAAAGAAUGUAAGCGUCAUUGGUUAUAUUACAAAGAUAUUCAGAGUAGAAUGAUAAUUUAUAAUCGAUUCUAUAAACAUGUACUCUUUAUGAUACAGACUUGCAUACUUACAUCCUACAUGACACACACAUACAUCCUUGCACACACACACACACACACCCUCACAAUCACUCACACACAACACAUCUAAAGAUGUGUACUCGUGUACUCAGCCUCAGUGAAUACUACUUGUAUAACUUGUAAUCUUAUUUAUACUAUCAGACUGUACUAAUACAUUUUUAAUUAUUCAACAUAAUUACUAAAAUCUGUUUGUACUAUUUAUAUAAUGUUGUACAGUAGUUAAGAUAAAUUCAUUGAUAUCAUCCGAUAGUGUAUUGUCACCUGAAGUUAAUACGAUUGAAUUCGAAUAACCAAUACGGUCAUUAAUUUCAUUAAUUAAAUACCUAGAAUUAGAGAAAUUAGGACAAGUAAAAAAGAAAUGAUCAUUAUUUUCACUAGGUGAGCCACAGGUACAACUUGAAUCAGGGAUCAGAUGAUCUAUUAAUUUAUGAUGGUUCAAGUCACUUGCAUUAUUUCUUAAUUGACACAAGAUAAUAUUUAAUUUACGAGGUAUACAGUUUUUAAAUUUAGUAGAUAUAGCAUCAUUAUUAGGAUUUGCUAAAGUUCGAUUAAGAUUGUUUUUGAAGGAACUUAGACUUACAGCCUUGGUUAGUGAAGGAUCAAGAUUAUUCCAUGCCUGCAUAGUGCUUGGAAAGAAACUACUGUCAUAGAUAAUGGUUCUUGAUCUUGGUAUAUUAAAAAAUCUAUGAUGACGCAGGUUACGAGUAUUUUGCUGCUGAUUUAUAAAUGGUUCGAUGAUAUUAAACAGAUAGUCAGGGGUCAUGUGAUUUAUGAUUUUAUACAUUAAAAUUAAUUUGUGCUUA